AUGGGCUCCGAUCCCCAGUACGCCAAAUGGCCCCUGCUGCCUCUCUCGCAGCACGUCUUCGCCCUCACAAACGCCUACGCCUCCAAAACCGCCCAACAAUCCGCCGUGCAGGCCCUGCAAGAUGCCAUCGCCAAGGAUAAGAUGGCUCCCUUCUACCGCUACCUCGCCCACCCCAUCGACGGCAUCCUCAACACCAUCGGCGAGGGUGGCGCCUCCGCCCCCGGCAAGCCGUUGUCUAGGAAGUCGAGCCUGGUCGGCAUGAUUGCCACCAAGCCCGCUGUCACCACCGUCAACCUGCCCUGGGACGAGGGCCUCUACAACGAACUCAAGGAGGACAAUGACCGUGAGCUCGAGGAAUUCAAGAAGGAGGAGGAUGAGGCCGAGGAGCAGGCUGGCGACACGGAGAUCAUAGCUGCCAAGGGCAAGCGCGCAGAGUUCUGGGCCAGAGUGGGCGACAAGGACAAGGCCAUUGCUGCUUACGAGAGCGUCUUCGAGAAGACGGGCAUCCUCGGCGCCAAGAUCGACCUCGUCCUCGCCAUAAUCCGCAUGGGUCUCUUCUACGGCGACAAGCCUCUAGUCAAGAAGCACGUUGAGCGGGCCAAGACCCUCGUCGAGACCGGUGGUGACUGGGAUCGCCGAAACCGACUCAAGGCCUACGAAGGCCUUCACCUACUCACCCUCCGCUCCCACAACCUCGCCGCCCCGCUCCUGCUCGACUCCCUCUCCACCUUCACCAGCUACGAGCUUUGCACCUACUCCAACCUCGUUGUGUACUCCGUCCUCGCCGGAUCGGUCUCUCUCAAGCGUGUCGACUUCAAGUCAAAGGUCGUCGAUGCCCCCGAGAUCAAGGCUAUCCUCGGUGACGGUGGGGACAAGCUACUCGCCCUCAGCGGUGCCCUCAGCGCCGGCCCCGGCACCGACGCUGCUGCCACUCCCAAGGUUGCUCCAACCACUGCCGUCAACUUGACCACCCUCGGCACCAGCACCAGCACCGGCCAGCCCGAGGCCGAGCUCGCCAUCGACUUCAGCCCCCUCGCGCUCCUCGUGAGCAGUCUGUACAGCGGCAACUACAAGACCUUCUUCCAGUCACUCGCCGAUGUUGAGGAGCAGUUCCUGAACCAGGACCGCUACCUGCACGAGCACAAGAGCUGGCUCAUCCGUGAGAUGCGCCUCCGCGCCUACCAACAGCUCCUACAGAGCUACCGCGUUGUCGGCCUCGAGAGCAUGGCCAACGACUUUGGCGUCACUGUUGACUUCCUCGACCGUGAUCUUGCCCGCUUUAUCGCCGCUGGCCGCAUCCCCUGCACCAUUGACCGUGUCACUGGCAAGGGCGUCAUCGAGACCAACCGACCCGACGACAAGAACAAGCAGUACCAGGACGUUGUGCGCCAGGGAGAUCAGCUCAUCACCAAGUUGCAGAAGUAUGGACAGGCUGUGCGGUUGAGAGGCAGUGAGAGGGCGUAA